GUCUUUCCAACGGUCCUGAAGCAAUGGAAGUAGAUGGUCUCCAGGAAGUCCCCCUCUGUAGCUGUCGAAUGGAAACCCCCAAAAGCAGAGAGAUCACCACGCUAGCCAACAACCAGUGCAUGGCCACGGAGAGUGUGGAUAACGAGGGCACUUUCAUGGAGUGUCAGCCGGAGAGCAGUAUCUCCCACCGUUUCCACAAGAACUGUGCCUCCCAGGUCAACGACAUGAGCUACUGCCCACACUGCGGGGAAGAGGCCUCCAAGGCAAAGGAGGUGACAAUAGCAAAAGCAGACACAACCUCAACGGUGUCACUGACCUACGAGCAGCAGAAACCAGCAGCUGUGGAGGGAAGGGCUGACACCACAACGGGGAGUGGCACUGGGACACGGUUCUCAGAGGAAGACAAGCCAGAAAGUUCAGCUGCUGAGGGGUUUGACAUAGCGGGGUCUUCAGUUUUUCCAAAGCCUACUACUAGCCUGACGCAGGGACCAGUUAAAGAAACUCUGGAAAGCGCCCUGAUUGCCCUGGACUCCGAAAAACCCAAGAAGUUACGGUUCCAUCCAAAGCAGUUGUACUUCUCUGCAAGGCAAGGAGAGCUGCAAAAAGUCCUGCUUAUGUUGGUGGACGGGAUUGACCCUAAUUUUAAAAUGGAGCAUCAGAGUAAAAGAACCCCUCUCCAUGCUGCCGCCGAGUCUGGCCACGUGGACAUCUGCCAUAUGCUGAUUCAGGCUGGUGCUAAUAUAGACACCUGCUCUGAAGACCAGAGGACCCCGCUGAUGGAAGCAGCAGAAAACAACCAUCUGGAAACUGUGAAAUACCUUAUCAAGGCUGGAGCACUAGUAGAUCCUAAGGACGCGGAGGGCUCCACGUGUCUGCACUUGGCUGCCAAGAAGGGGCACUACGACGUUGUUCAGUACCUCCUCUCCAACGGGAAGAUGGAUGUCAACUGCCAGGAUGACGGAGGCUGGACGCCGAUGAUCUGGGCCACUGAGUACAAGCAUAUCGAGCUGGUGAAGCUGCUGCUUGCAAAGGGGUCAGACAUCAACAUCCGCGACAAUGAGGAAAAUAUUUGUUUGCACUGGGCUGCUUUUUCUGGCUGUGUUGACAUAGCGGAGAUACUGCUGGCUGCUAAGUGUGAUUUACAUGCAGUGAAUAUUCACGGGGACUCGCCCCUGCAUAUUGCAGCCAGAGAGAACCGCUACGAGUGUGUCGUUCUCUUUCUUUCCCGUGGCUCGGAUGUCACUUUAAAGAACAAGGAGGGUGAGACUCCACUCCAGUGCUCCAGCCUUAAUUCUCAGGUCUGGGUGGCCCUACAGAUGAACAAGACCCUCAAAGAAUCAUCUACUGAGAAACCUGCCCAGAUAGAGAAGGUCGUGAGCAGAGACAUCGCCCGGGGUUAUGAGCGGAUCCCGAUUCCCUGCGUCAAUUCAGUGGACAGCGAACCUUGUCCUAGCAACUACAAAUAUGUUUCGCAGAACUGCGUCACCUCCCCGAUGGACAUUGAUAGAAACAUCACUCAUUUACAGUAUUGCGUAUGUAUAGACGACUGCUCCUCCAGUAACUGCAUGUGUGGCCAGCUCAGUAUGCGCUGCUGGUAUGACAAGGACGGCCGACUCCUGCCUGAAUUCAACAUGGCUGAGCCGCCACUGAUCUUUGAGUGUAAUCACGCGUGCUCGUGCUGGCGAACCUGUAGGAACCGGGUGGUGCAGAAUGGGCUCAGGACUCGAUUGCAGCUUUAUCGGACACAAAAGAUGGGCUGGGGUGUGCGAACAAUGCAAGACAUUCCACUGGGAACCUUCGUGUGCGAGUAUGUUGGUGAGCUGAUAUCUGAUUCCGAGGCAGACGUCCGUGAAGAGGACUCUUACCUCUUCGACCUUGACAACAAGGAUGGCGAGGUGUACUGCAUAGAUGCUCGUUUCUAUGGCAACAUCAGCCGCUUCAUAAACCACCUCUGCGAGCCAAACCUCAUCCCAGUGCGAGUCUUCAUGUCGCAUCAGGACCUCCGCUUUCCCAGGAUCGCCUUCUUCAGCACGAGGCAUAUAGAAGCUGGAGAAGAGAUUGGCUUUGACUACGGAGACAGGUUCUGGGACAUCAAAGGCAAAUACUUCAGCUGUCAGUGCGGUUCACCCAAGUGCAAACACUCGAGCUCAGCGCUGGCCCAGCGGCAGGCGAGCACCUUGUCCCAGGACACGCAGGAAAAUGGGCUCCCAGACACCAGCUCUGCCACGGCAGCCGGCCCCUUUUGAGGCUCCGCUCCCCAGAGACUGACUUGUUUUAACCCUAUAGAUUCACAUACUGUCUGAAUUUCCAUUUAAAGAGGGAAAACCCCCCCCGCUCAAGGAAAGCCAAGGGUUUGUGACAUUAGGGCUGUGCCACCGACUGUUACUUGAGGAAUAACUAAAAACAAAUCCCGCCUCCGUGAUGUUGUUCUCCCCUCCCUGGUCCUGGAAAGCUGCUGGUUUUCACAGUUGCGUGUGGAGGGGUGGCUGUUGUGGUUUUUUUCCAUGCAAGCUGUCCUGGCCUCUGUCUCUUAAUGUGCUAAGUGUUGUCAGAGCCGAGGGAGAGCCGCCCGUCCUCCGCCUGUUGUUAAUUGAAUGGAUCGCUCAUGCCAAGUCAUCUCCAGUUCACUUGUAAUAAACUUUGAAUAC